CAGAGCCGCCGCGUCGCCGCUGUCCUCUGGGUGGCCCCAGCGUGCACCACCACUCAUUGAGCCCUGGAAGGUGAGGCGAGAGGAGGCUGGUGCUGAGCUCGCCAACUCCACCCGGGCCCGGGCAGACAAAAGAGGCCUGCGGUGCAGCUCGCGGGGACGCGAUGGCCAGACGCGGAGGACGGGUGCUGCUGGCGUUAUGCGCUGCCCUGGUGGCCUGCGGGUGGCUGCUGGCCGCGGAAGCCCAGGAGCCCGGGGCACCCGCGGCUGGCAUGCGGCGGCGCCGGCGACUGCAGCAGGAGGACGGCAUCUCCUUCGAGUACCACCGCUACCCGGAGCUCCGCGAGGCGCUGGUGUCCGUGUGGUUGCAGUGCACCGCCAUCAGCAGGAUCUACACGGUGGGGCGCAGCUUCGAGGGUCGGGAGCUCCUGGUCAUUGAACUGUCGGACAACCCCGGGAUCCAUGAACCCGGUGAACCUGAAUUUAAGUACAUUGGGAACAUGCACGGCAAUGAGGCAGUUGGGCGAGAACUGCUCAUUUUCUUGGCCCAGUACCUGUGUAACGAGUACCAGAAGGGGAAUGAAACCAUCGUCAACCUGAUCCACAGUACCCGAAUUCAUAUCAUGCCCUCCUUGAACCCCGAUGGCUUUGAGAAGGCCGCAUCCCAGCCAGGUGAGCUGAAGGACUGGUUUGUAGGUCGCAGCAACGCCCAGGGAAUAGAUCUGAACCGGAACUUCCCAGACCUGGAUAGGAUCGUGUAUGUUAAUGAGAAAGAAGGUGGUCCCAACAACCACCUGCUGAAGAACCUGAAGAAAAUUGUGGAUCAAAAUGCAAAGCUUGCCCCCGAGACAAAGGCUGUCAUCCAUUGGAUUAUGGACAUUCCCUUUGUGCUGUCGGCCAACCUGCAUGGAGGAGACCUCGUGGCCAAUUACCCGUAUGAUGAGACGAGAAGUGGUACCGCUCAUGAAUACAGCUCCUGCCCUGACGAUGCGAUCUUCCAAAGCCUGGCUCGCGCAUACUCUUCUUUCAACCCCGUCAUGUCUAACCCCAAAAGAGCUCCCUGUCGCAAGAAUGACGACGACAGCAGCUUUGUCGAUGGAACGACCAACGGGGGUGCAUGGUACAGCGUCCCGGGUGGAAUGCAAGACUUCAAUUAUCUGAGCAGCAACUGCUUCGAGAUCACUGUGGAGCUCAGCUGUGAGAAGUUCCCACCUGAAGAGACUCUCAAAAGCUACUGGGAAGACAACAAAAACUCCCUCAUUAGCUACAUGGAGCAGAUACACCGAGGAGUUAAAGGUUUUGUCCGUGACCUUCAAGGUAAACCGAUUGCCAAUGCCACCAUCUCUGUGGAUGGGAUAGACCACGAUGUCACUUCGGCUAAGGAUGGGGAUUAUUGGCGAUUGCUUGCGCCUGGCAACUACAAACUCACGGCCUCAGCUCCCGGCUACCUGGCAAUAACAAAGAAAGUGGCGGUUCCUUUCAGCCCUGCUGUUGGGGUUGACUUUGCGCUGGAGUCUUUCUCUGAGAGGAAAGAGGAGGAGAAGGGAGAAUUGAUGGAGUGGUGGAAAAUGAUGUCAGAAACUCUAAAUUUUUAAGAAAGGCUUCUGACUGAUUGCUUCAGUCUAUCUAUAUAACGUGGUGAGAUGCAAUGCGGCUCUCUUAGUUUAGAUUGUGCGCCGUUGAUAUUUAACAGUGAUUUAUGUUUAAUCAUUUCAGUAGUAACUGAUAUUGCUUGAGUGUACUCCGAUGAAAACAUACGGUCUUGACCUACUUUGUUCUCCCACUAGCAUUCUCUGCUAUCCCCAUGUAGCUGAAAAAUAGAGCUCUUUCAAUGUCACUGGUGACAACGUCCCAGAAGGAUGCCGGGAAGAAGCCAAUGGACGUAGCGAGGCGUUGUGAGCACUGUGCUGCAAGUAUCACGUAGUUCCGUAUAACUUGUCGUUUGUCUCCAUGCCGACGUGCUUGUAUAAGCAUGCUCCUGCUAAUGUACCUCUGCUGGGAAGAAAAUGGAUGUAUUCCAAAGCAGUUUUGAACAGAAUGAAAACCCACUUCCUGCUUGUAUUUUGAAGAGUGGUAUCGUUUUAUUAGUCAGCCUGUGAAUGCCCCUUCAGAGUUUGGGGUUUUGUCUUGAUUGCAGAUUGGCCCAGAAUUGCAUUGUGAAUGAAUAAAGGUUUAAAAACAA